ACUAAAAAUGAGCGCAAUUCAAAUGCCUCCUGUUACCACAGCAACAAUCAAUGCAGGAUUUCCAAUUGGAACACCAGUCUCUGAUGAUUUCUCAACCAGCCUCCCUUCUAUGAUGCCAACUCAAGUCGGAGCACCUGUGACCUUCACUGCUAUAGUCACUGAGUCAGCGCCUACUUCAAAAGUACAUGUUCCAACAUAUCUCAAAGUUAUUGAUGCUACUACACCAACUGAGUCAGAUCAUAUGGCUACUUCUCCAACGAAAAACAACAUGAGCACUCAUGUGACUUCAAACGUUAUCUAUGAAACACCAACUAUGACUCAUGUGACUCCAAAUGUCACCACUUUAACGACUUCUGAACAAGAAUCAGCUCUGGCUAACCAAGUUCAUUCUCAAGCAUGAGCGGCUUUCAAUACAGCCUGAGGUGCUGAUAUGAUGCUAAAUGCAUCUGUUCUGCCAGCCUCGGCGAUGACUGCUAAUGUCUCAGACCCUGCCUCUAUGAUGGCAAUCCCACCAACAGCCAACACUUCUAAUGGAAUCCCAGAGCACGUUGAGGCCACCUUCCCAGGAUCCGUUACAUUUCCAACUAAUUAUGGAGCUACAGUCACAAAAGAGGUUACAACAACUUCUUCAGGAUUUGGUAGCACUACCAUUACCAAAGAAGUAACCACCAUCCCAGGAUUUGGAAGGACCACCGUCACUAAGCAAGUGACCACUAACCAAGGGUUCGGAGGAGUCAAUAUGGCUCCAACUACAACUACAAUGACUUCCACUUCUACAGUCACUGCCCCAGUGAUUUCACAGGCAGCUGGAAGGUCAGUUGCCCCAGUCAAGGUCCAAAAAGAAUCUAAAGGAUACAGAAUCAGAGGUCUCUUCGGAAGGGGAAGAAGAUUUUAGAACUAAAAAGUUAUAAAUUAAAUAUAAUAUUUUCAUCACU